AUGGAUUUCAUUCAAUCUACAACGCCCUCACAGCGCAAAUCACCUUCUGAAUCCACCAAGGCGCAACAAGAGCAGGUGCUGUCAAAUCGCACGACGUUAUUGACACUGCCACCGGAGCUCCAGACCAAGAUCUUUUCACAUCUUGUUCUAUCCUGGGGCAAUUCAACCAUUCAAGAGGUUCUGAGAACCUGCAAGCAACUCUACAAAGUGGCACUUCCGAUCUCCGUGUCUAUUUUUCGGAAUACGAUAAACCAAACUAAUGGGCAAGGCCCAUGUUCUACUACUCGCAAUUCGCGGUUCCUGCGCUAUAUCCUCGUUUCCAAGCCUUGGCUGGCCAAGGACGUUAGGACUGUUGUCUUUGGACGCAUUUCAUCAAGAGAUGGAGAAGUUAAAAACCAUGAGGAAGCUUCAAUCACCGAUGAGGAAAUCGCUAUUUACCAACAGCAUAUCGAGCUCAUCUUAGGCCAGCUACCUUCUGGGUAUACCGAGAGAUGGGGUGCUGAGUGGGUAGAAGAUCUCAAAAGUGGCACUUCUGAUGCUCAGGCUGCUCUGAUCCUGCUUGCCUGCCCGAACAUCCGCACACUCCUAUAUGAGAUGCCUGACCAACCAAGACAUUUCACUCAGCUACUAAGUUUGGUCCACAACUUGGCUGAGAUCAGCCCGUCCCUUCGCACCCCUGAUCAUUCGAAAAUGAUCAUCCCGCUCUCCAAUCUCCAAGAUGUCUUUCAUGAAACGUUGGACUAUGAUCGUGGCUACUCCGAAUUUGGGAUGGAGGCACCGGAGUUCUUCGCAUUCCCUCGACUUCGGUACUACGAAUGCAAUCUGGCCCAUGUAUGGUCUGACGUAUCAGGGAAGUUUGAACGCCUGCCACGUAGGUCAUCAUCGGUUGAAGAGAUCACCCUUCAUGCUUCUUAUAUUAAUAAUGACACACUUGAUGGCAUGCUGGGCGCUUGCAAAGCACUAAGAAAGUUCGAGUUUUCUCAUUUUCGGCUCGAUCGUGAGCUAGGUGCUCCUUGCCUGAUGAUGCCUCGGGAUAUUAUGGACGCUAUCCUGCCUCACGCCAGUACGUUCGAAUCUCUCUGGCUAAAUAUGGAAGAGUCUUGGGAUAAAGAAUGGAAAUGGAUCGGUUGCCCCGAGCGACUAUACAUGGGGAUGGGGCUUCGUCAAAUGUGUAUGCUGACGAGGCUUGAGAUUGGCAUGCAAGCCCUCACUGGAAUGCUCGGGUGGGACCCUGAUACUCGUGAUCCAGCUGCCACCAAAAUGCCGCUGAGGAUAAAAGGAGCCCCCAAGAUUGUCGAUUGUCUCCCUGAGAGCCUGGAAUGCCUCAAAAUUCAUGAUUGUGGAAUGCCAAUACUGGAUCAAGCGGCCGAGCUGAUCCAGGUAGUUGAGCAAGGGCAUGGUUUUAAAAGGCUUACCUACAUUGGCUUGCUAUUCAAUGGGUGGAAAAUGGACCGAGACAUAGAUUUUCCUCAAGCCAGGAAGCUAACCUGUAGUGCCUCCCAUGUUUGCUUAGAUAUUGGUUUUCGGGAAGAACUGCACUACCUGUGCGAUUUAGGAGAGACCGUAGAAGGACUGGAGGGUGAUCUAAACAUAACGUCUCGUAUAUAUGCGCCACAUAUCAGAAAGACGUACCGGGAGACGCGAGGGACACCUAACUUGAUGUUAUGGAGUGACCCUGACCUGUAUGAAGAAUAA